AUGGCUCAGGAUGUGCAUGCAGACAGUAUGAAUGUCAGAUCUCACAUGGGGAAACUCUCCUUGGCUUUCUUCCAGUGGAAGAAACUGGUGAUCUUGCUGUUUGUGGGUCUGUAUGUGCAGAGCCUAUACUACUCUGUGAUGAACUCACGUGAAAGUCAGGCAGAAUAUGGAGCUCUUUACCAGUCCUUUGGAGGGAGGCUGUUUAUGGGCAGACAUGGUCAGAAGCUCAAAUCCAGGAAGCGCCUUGGUGCUUGCAGGAGACGCUUUGUGUGGAGAAAGCCUUUUCUCGCAAGGUUUGAAUCUCACUGGAAGCCUUUCCUGACCAGUGAAUCUUUAUACUUGCUUAUGGACAGGCCUUUUAGAAGAGAGCUUGAAAAAGUUCUGUGGUUCCAUGAACUUCCCUUUGGACUUCGGAACUCAGUUCUCUCUGCGUUUGCCACAUUGCAGCUUCUUCCACAGCAGGAGUUGCCUGAAUCCUUUGAGCGUUUAUGGUGCCAAAGGUGUAUUGUGGUCGGCAAUGGUUACUCCAUCCGUAGCCAACACUUCGUGAAAAUGAUUGACUCUCACCAUGUUAUCAUAAGAUUAAAUGAUGCUCCAGUAAAAGAGCACCAGAAGGAUGUGGGUGAGAGAACCAGCAUCCGUCUCUUCUUCCCUGAAUCGGCUCUACUCAACCCUCUGGAAAACAAUGACAAUGAGACACUGAUGGUGUUUGUCCCAUUCAAGCCACUGGAUUUCGUCUGGCUGAGGGAGGUAUUGCUGAAAACAAAGAAUAAGACAAACGUGGGGUUUUGGCGCCAGCCCCCUUGCGAAUGGAAUGGGAAUGUCUCUCGCCUGCGUGUUCUCAACCCAUAUGUCACCUAUGAAGCAACAUACAAACUCCUGCAGUUGAAAACGUGGAGCAGGAGAUAUGCCACCAUGGGAAUCAUUGCUUUGAACUUAGCCCUCCAUAUGUGCCAAGAGGUCAACAUUGCAGGCUUUGGUUACCCUGGCAACCAUGACAAUGCUACGCCAAUACAUUAUUACAAUAUGAGUCUGUCACGGAAAAAAGAGCUGUUCCAGCACAAUCUAACUGCUGAGAGGAACUGGCUGCUGAAAAUGAUCAAGCAAGGGGUGAUUGCUGACAUAGCUAACCCUUCCUUCCAGGCCCAGAACAACUGA